UUCUUCUCUUUUCUAUCCACUUUGGUCUCUCCCCUCUGCCUGCCUUCCUGCCUGCCUGCCUGACCUGCUAAACCGUGCCAGUCUGACCUUCCCAGACUCAUUUCAUCCAAAAGAAAGAAAACCUCCAGAUUUCAGAAUGAGUUUUAAGAGCAGCUACGCUGUGAAGAGUUCCACUGGCCCACGGAGCUUCAGCAGCAGUUCCUACACAUCAGGAUCAGGCGGUAUCACCUCCCGUAAGAGCUACAGUACCAAGAGUUCAUAUGGAUCAGGCAACAGGGGCUUUGGAGGUGGUGGCAUCACCAGUUCCAGUGCCUAUGGCCUGAGCUCAAGCAUGGGUGGUGGCGGAGGAGGCAUGGGCAUGGGCAUGGGCUACGGUGGUGGCGCUGGAGGCAUGAGCAUGGGCUUCAGUGGUGGUGCUGGAGGCAUGGGCAUGGGCUACGGUGGUGGCAUGGGUGUUCAGGCCCCAAUCACCGCCGUUACUGUGAACAGGAGCCUUCUGGCCCCCCUGAACCUUGAGAUUGACCCCAACAUCCAAGUUGUCCGCACCCAGGAGAAGGAGCAGAUCAAGACCCUCAACAACCGCUUUGCUUCCUUUAUUGACAAGGUUCGCUUCCUGGAGCAGCAGAACAAGAUGCUGGAGACCAAGUGGAACCUGCUGCAGGGACAGACCACCACCCGCUCCAACAUCGACGCCAUGUUCGAGGCCUACAUCGGCAACCUGCGCAGACAGCUCGACAGCCUGGGCAACGACAAGAUGAAGCUGGAGGCCGACCUGCACAACAUGCAGGGCCUGGUGGAGGACUUCAAGAACAAGUAUGAAGAUGAGAUCAACAAGCGCACCGAGUGUGAGAAUGACUUUGUCCUCAUCAAGAAGGAUGUCGACGAGGCCUACAUGAAUAAGGUUGAGCUGGAGGCCAAGCUGGAGAGUCUGACAGAUGAGAUCAACUUCCUCAGGUCGAUCUAUGAGGAGGAACUUCAUGAACUCCAGAGCCAGAUCAAGGACACUUCAGUCAUUGUGGAGAUGGACAACAGCCGUAACCUGGACAUGGACUCCAUUGUGGCGGAGGUCAAGGCACAGUACGAGGACAUUGCCAACCGCAGCCGCGCCGAGGCAGAGACAUGGUACAAGAGCAAGUAUGAGGAGAUGCAGACAUCCGCCAGCAGAUACGGAGAUGACCUCAGGUCUACCAAGACAGAGAUCUCAGACCUCAACCGCAUGAUCCAGCGACUGACAUCAGAGAUUGAUGCUGUCAAGGGACAGCGUGCCAACCUGGAGGCCCAGAUCGCUGAGGCUGAGGAGCGCGGUGAGAUGGCAGUGAAGGACGCCAAGUCCCGCAUUAGGGACCUGGAAGACGCCCUGCAGAGAGCCAAACAGGACAUGGCCCGCCAGAUCAGAGAAUACCAGGACCUGAUGAAUGUCAAGCUGGCUCUGGACAUUGAGAUUGCCACCUACAGGAAGCUGCUGGAAGGAGAGGAGGACAGGCUGGCGACUGGCAUCAAGUCUAUCAACAUCUCCCAACAGAGCUCAAGCUACAGUGGAUUUCCCAUGGACAGCAUGAAGAGCAGUUACUCAAGCGGCUACUCCAGCGGUUUUAGCAGCGGCGGAUAUGGAGGUGGAUACGGAGGCGGAUAUGGCGGUAGCAUGGGCGGCGGUAGCAUGGGCGGUGGCGGCGGCACUAGCUUCAGCAGCGGCAGCACCGGCGGCGGCAGUUACAGCACCACCACCCAGAGCAAGAAGAAUGUUGUUAUCAAGAUGAUCGAGACCAAGGACGGCAGAGUGGUGUCUGAGUCCUCUGAGGUCAUUGAGGAUUGAGCAGUCUAGUUAAGAGGUGUCUGAUAUUAUCUCCUCUUCCUUUCUGGUAGUUUUAUACUUACAGUUCACCCCCCUUCCCCCAAACUAUGAAGUAAAAUGCUUGCCAGCCACUCUCGAAUGGAGCCUAAACAUGUUUUCCAUGAAGCAAUAAAUGAUCCUAACACUAUCAAAGAUCUAAAAAGGGACCAAAAUAUAUUUUGUAUGUCUGAUGUCUGACUGUCUGUACUAAAAAAGGUAGUUUUAUCUCAAGAAGUGAGAUAAAAACUGGGCAAAUUGCAACUAUGAGAAACAAAAUAUAUAUGUAUAACACUCCCUUGAAAUCUAUGCAACAGCUAUUCCAUACACGAGGGGCUGUUCCCUUCAAAACAGUGUUGCAUAGACAGUGGUGUUGUCAAAGGAAUGUGAAAGUACUUAGACAGUGCUUCAGCAUUGUUGGUCAACUAAUGUCUUAAAAUUGCCUGCUGCAGUAGGUAGUGCAUGUCUUCCCUGUGCGUGUCCUAUAACUGAAAGUGAUCGACCCCUUAGGAGGCUGCCCACAUCAUACUGUUGUCCUGAGGUGCUGUUUUUGCUACCAAACCAAAUAAAAAAUGUGUUUACUGAAGGAAA